AUCGCUUUUUAUCAGCGACGUAACGUGAUUUCAAUUUCACGUGUUGAUUAGUGUUCGCUUUGCGUAACCGGUGCAUGUGCCGUUUUCUUGUCGACGACGACAAUUUCUUCGAUUUGCGGCGCAACCUGGCACGGUGCACUGGUGCUAGUGGUGGUGGUUUUUCUUUCGCGACUUAUCACAUUCACGCGUUUAGUUGUAGCCACUAAUUGGUCUUUUACGUCUUGUCUGUCUUAAGACCUUGUGAAGACUAACAUGCCGCCUAAAAAAUCCAAGAAAUUGGCCAAGCACAACCAGGACUGGGACGAUGAUAACGACGAUUCUGUGGUGGAUUUAUUAGCUGCUGCCAAAUUAAAUGAUGAGGCAAUCAAUGAAGAACAGCCAGUCCAUGGAAAUAAAAUGUCUAAAAAAAACAAAAAAAAGAACAAAAAACAAGAUUUUGAAGAUGAAUCAGAAGCAAAUACUUUGAAAGUUGAUCAAGAAAAUGAAAAAUUAAAUGAAGAAGAGCCACUUAAUCGUGGAAAUAAAGUUUCAAAAAAAAAUAAAAAAAAGAACAAGAAUCAAGAUUGGGAAGAUGAAUCUGAAGAUUUAGUUGAUUUAUUGGCGGCCAACAAAAUAAAUGCUGACGAUGAAAUAGAAGAACCUCCACAGCCAAUUCGUGGUAAUAAAAUUUCUAAGAAAAACAAAAAAAAGAAUAAAAAUCAGCAAGAUUUGGAAGAUAAAUUUACAGCUGAUGAUGUCAAUACAGAAGAAAAUAUGAUUACACCACCACCAUCAGAUGAAGAAGAUAUCAAUAAACCAAUAAAAGUCACAACAGGGAAAUUGUCAAAAAAAAACAAAAGGAAAAAAAAAUUUGAUUUGGAGGAUGAUGACGACGAUACAGAAACAUUUGAAAAUAAUAUUGGUCAAGUCGAUCAUGAUUCUAAUUCUGAAGAUAAUAAACAACCUGUCUUGGACUUCGACAAUAACCAAGAAGCUGUAGAUGUUGAUAAUACUAUUCAAAAAGUUACAGAAGAUAAUGUUGCAACAGAUAAAUCUGAGGACAAUAACUUAAAAGAAAAUGAAACUAUAAUCACCAUAGAAGAAAAAAAGAAAAAGAAAAGUAAAAAGAAGAAAAAAGAAAAUGAAAACGUCGAGGAAGACAUUACCAAUGUUCCAAUUACUGAGGAUGUUAUAGUAGACCAAGAAACAACUGAUAUCAGUGAAGUGCCACAAAUUAAUGUCAAAGAAGUGGCUCUUGAACAGCAUGAUGUUGAUGCUAUUAAUGAUGGAGUUACAAUUUCUACAAAUGAAGGCUUAGAUCAACGUGAUCAAAAAACGGUGAACCUAGAAUCUAAAUCAAAAUCUAAAAUGAAGAUUAUUAAAUCUGAUAAACUUUCCCACAAAGAGAAAAAGAAAAUGAAAAAAGAAUUGGAGUAUCAAAAACAAAUGGAGAUGUUGACCAAAAAAGGAGGCCAGGGCCAUAGUGAGCUAGGUGCCAAUUUCUCAGUAUCACAGAUACAAAAGACAGCUGGUCAACUAGCAGCUAUGGAACAUGCGGUUGAUAUCAAAAUUGAUAGCUUUAGCAUUGCAGCCAAGGGCCAGGACUUAUUUGUCAACGCCAGUCUACUUAUCGCACAAGGUCGGCGGGUGUCAUAAUCGUAUCUCACGAUGAACGGCUGAUUCGUGAAACAGAAUGUACGCUUUGGGUUAUUGAAGACCAGACUAUUAAUGAGGUGGACGGUGAUUUUGACGACUAUCGGAAAGAGCUUUUGGAAUGCCUGGGCGAGGUUAUCAAUAGUCCGAGUAUCGCGGCUAAUGCAGCUGUUCAACAGUAACAUAAACACUACCAAUUAAUUUUAUAUUACCUUUAUUGGUCUGUACGUGUGUGUUAAAAUAUUUGCGAUUACAUUAUAUGAUGUUGUUGUUGAUGUAUUUGUGAUAAUAUUAUCAUCUUCGAAUGUUGUAAUUUACUGUAAUUCCUAUAUACGUGCCUUGUUUACACAAUAUUAAUAAAUAAAACAACAUUAAGAUA